AUGACAGAUAUUCUCCGGCCAGAUACUCCCCCCUCCCCCACCGUUGAAGAUCUCCAUGAGCGGCUGUCGUUACUCAAAGGCAAAUGUGCCGCCAUGAGAGAGAACAUUGUUCAUCAGAGAAGCCAAUUUAUGAAUGCCACCCUUCCAAGUCUUGCCACAGACCUCCGGCCCAUCAGUUCAACCCCCCUGAAGGUGCGACACAAACUCAAGGGACACAGAGGCAAGAUAAACAGCUGCGACUGGGCCUCCAACUCACAAUAUGUGCUCAGUGUAGCUAUGGACGGUCUGGCUCUCAUGUGGGACGCCUACUCGUCUCUAAAGUCCAGAGUCUUCCUUCUUCCAAGCUGCUACGUGCUCUCCUGUGCAUUACCUCCCUCGUGUGGCUACCUGGCAUCGGGUGGUCUAGAUAACAGGGUCUCAAUCCACUCCAUGACUCAGUCGGCUGAUGAGACAGACCCUUCUGUUCCCUACGGUUCAGGGUCGUCGACCAGAAUGAAGGGACUUACCAAAAGCGAGCCCAUGGCCAUUCUCAAGGGACACUCUGCAUAUGUGGCGGACUUGUGUUUCCUGACUGACCAACAGAUCAUCUCAGCCUCCGGAGACAUGACAUGCUGCAUCUGGGAUGUCAAUACAGGCCGACGUGUUUCGACCCUGUAUGACCAUCUAGGAGACGUCUCUUCUGUGACCAAACACCCCUCUAAGAUGCAGAUUGUCGCCACGGCUUCCAACGAUAAAACAGUCAAGAUCUGGGAUCUCCGAAUCGCCAGAUGUGUCCAGACCUUUCAGGGGCACAAUAAGGAUGUAACUUCAGUGGACUUCUUUCCCGAUGGAAAUGCAGUUCUCUCUGGAGGUGACGAUUCAACUGCAAGACUGUUUGACAUGAGAACUGAUUGCCAAAUGAACAUUUAUAGUGCCCCAGACAUAAUGUCUCCUGUCAACUCGGUGGCUGUAACACCCUCAGGACGGAUCAUGUUCUGUGGCCAUGACACAGGUGAAGUGGUAGCUUGGGACACCAUCAAAUGCACCUACCUCGGCCCAAUCACGAAGCAUCUUGGUCCUGUUACCAAAGUAAAGGUCUCCCCAGACGGAGUGGGUGUCCUAUCUUCUUCUUGGGACGAAACUAUGACAGUUCUGUCUCUGUAA